CAACUCACGGGCACUGCCCAGGAUGAGUUGGGCAGCAGUUAAUCUGUAUCAUUUAUGGGCAAGAUCUCUAGGACCAUUAUCUGGACCGGACGAAACAUCUUUUCGAAGGACAUUCUUAACACUCUUUCAGCAACGUUGGAAGGCCAAGCGACUCGUCAGAGGCUACCAUGGCGAUCAAAUAGGGGAGAAAAAGUUCAAAAGAUACUAUCUUCCUGAGUUCAUUCCAGAUGUGAGGCCAAGACGCCCUAUGGGGCUCGGCAUUCGCGAUAUCGAGUCGUUAAGAAUGAUGAACCGAACCAAAGAGGCAGUUGCUCGAGAAAGAAAAGCAAAAGAAGAGGACGAGGAACUUGCAAGCGCGCCAGUUGGCAGCUUAAUGUUUAUCGAGGUCGAACGACGCCUUGACACCAUCGUUUUUCGUUCAUGCCUGUCGACAAGUGUAUACCAGGCUCGGCAUCUUGUACUCACUGGAAAAGUCAAACUUAACGGUGUAGUGUGUAAAAGCCCAGGAAAGAAGCUGGAACCCGGAGAUAUGAUCUCUGUAGAACCAACAGCUAUCUCUUUCUUACAACAAUCAGCUCCAAAUGCCCAUAUGCGUACAUCUGAACUACCCGUAGAAGAAACCAUACCAGAAGAACAAGAGCCAACAGAAAACUCAGAAUUCGAAGCUAGUGCUACUGAAUCAAAUGAAUCAGUCGACGAAGUAGCUGCUACAGAAAUUGAGGAGACAGAGGCACAAGUCCAUGAGAGCAAAUACUGCCAGAAGUUGGAAGGCAGAAAGGAGGCUGAGGAGCAAGCAGCCUAUCAUGAUACACUAGGAUUCCAGCUCAAAAUACCAGACUAUGCGGCUCCCUUCUUAUUCGUUCCCGCGUAUCUCGAAGUCUCAUUCGUGACAUGCUCGGCGGUUUAUGUUCGACAUCCGACAGCACGUAAAAACUAUUCAGAGUUGCCUACUCCUUACGAAGCUGAUGGAGAGCUCAUGAGGUUGGCAUGGGAAUGGUAUGUCAAGGUACGGCCAAGAAUGAGGGGACGUUUGCAGCGCGAAACGGGUCCUCACGGAACGAGGCGCCCAGUACCGUACUGGUCUCAAUACCAACGUUGA